CUCUGUCAACGGUUCCAUUGAUUCUUUUUGCCUGACGUGCUGAAUGAUCUCCACCGCGACACGCCAAUCACUUUCUGUUUAUUUUGGGUCAACGUGUCACUCUGGGAAAGACUUCAAGAACACACAGAUCGUCUUACCAUUCGACCCUUUCGAUGUGGUCCACUCGUGGACACUCACUCUGAUUACUGUCGUGAUCUGUACCGUCUUGCUCGCCCGAAGGCUUUGGUUCAUUCGUGAUAAACUCCAUAUUCGAGACCUCCCAGGACCAGUCGAUAACGUUUCAUGGUUAUACGGAAAUCUUCCAGAGCUUCUCUUAUCCCGGCCUUACGGCAAGUUCGAGUCCGAGUGGCAAGAGCAGUAUGGAUCGAUAUAUCGUUUCAAGGGAUGUUUCUCUGAGGAUCUCCUCUUUAUCUCUGACCCAGCAGCUAUCCGAUAUAUCUUCAACUCUGCUAAAUUAUUUGAUUUUUCCCCCAAUCGAAGUUUCAUAGCCUCUUCAGUCUUUGGAAAGGACGCUGUCGUGGUACUGCGGAAUGGAGGAGAACCCCACCGUCGUAUCAAGAAUGCCUUCUCACCUGCCUUUGCGCUCGCACGCCUUCAGCCAUAUAUUCCCGUCAUGAGGGACAUUUCUCGCAAGGCCGCAGAUAAACUGAUGCAGAAAUACUUGGAGAGGGAGUCUAGCGACUCAAAUGCUGCUGUCGACAUCUAUCAUCUCCUUCAACAUGUGACGUCAGACAUCAUUGGCGAAGUGGGUUUUGGCCAGCAGUUUAACGCUGUAGAGACCAACGGAGGAGAUAAAGUGGCUCAAAGCCACCAGAACGUAGUUAUGUUAGCCUCAAGGGAUUCAAAGAGUGCAAUUUUGGGGGAGAGCAUUAUACCCUAUGUUCCUCAAAUCAUAAUGAGGUUGAUGCUCCACCUACCCACUCGGACGGUCAGAACGCUUCAAAGUUUCCGUGCAGUCAGUGAGGUAUGGGCUUCAGCACUACUCAGGGAUAGCCUUCAUCCGAGUGAGGAUGGUGCGGAUGGUGGGUUGGUUGGUUUUGUCGUGUCCUCGAACAAGAACCUCAAACACGAACGGUUGUCUUUCAACGAAAUCAGUCGACAAACUUCGAUGUUUUUAGUCGCUGGACAGGAGACGACUGCAAACGCUCUUACUUGGGCGCUGUAUGAACUCGCAAGGCGACCAACAUGGCAAGAUCAGGUAAGGAAGGAAAUCAUCGAAGCACAACAUUCGGAAUCCAGUUUGGACAAGCUUGACUACCUCAAUGCGCACAUCAAGGAAACUCUACGGUUCUAUCCGCCCGUACCACUUACGGAAAGAAUGGCCUUUGAAGAUACUGUUCUUCCACUAUCUCGCCCGAUAACCACGAUAUCCGGUCGGGUUAUUACUGAGUUGCCAAUCCGGAAAGGUCAGAUGAUUCAUGUCGGAAUCGCUUCCUAUCAUCGAGAUCCUCACGUCUGGGGCCCCGAUGCUCACACUUUUAAUCCACCACGCUGGGUCGAUGGUCGUUACGAUUCAGGAGAUCUUCCUGAGUCGAUAGGACCGUACUCCAACCUAGCCUCGUUUGUCGGAGGGGCUCGGAUGUGCCUUGGGUAAGAAGGCUUAUUUUACAUGCUUUCCUGACUGCGUAUUGACUCGUGAACCCUUGAAACCCUAACUUAAGAUGGCGACUUGCGUACGUUUCCCCCCAGUCUCUGAGAGCGCUUUCCCCAAUAUAUUGAGCAUUCUCCCAGUUUGCUAGAAAUGCAGGUCGUCCUCUCGGAACUUAUUCCAAAAUUCCGGUUCAGCUUCGGUCCUGGGCAAGAGGACAAUGUAAUUCCGUCUUUGGCUCUGACCCUCUUCCCGCUUGACCUAAGCAGCGAAAAGCCGAGCCUUUCACUCCUCAUACAACCCAUGCAGGUUCAGUAAUCGUAAUGUGAACAAAGGGAUCCUCUUUAGCUUCAUACACCAAAUAUUCAUAAAAGGGUUUAGCUACCACAUGAUUAAAAUUAUGGCCUUACUAUUCGAAGCAGCUAAAUUCGUAUUG